AUGCUUCAGAGAAAAGAUAUAAUAAGUCGAUUGCGUUUCUGCUCCAGAACAGUGUCAACUGCAGCUUCAGUGUCUGAUACACGAGUGAGCUUUUCGGUUGCUGCGACUAAGCGUACAUAUUCGAGGGCUUGCCUUACGCGGUACUUUUUUCCUCCAACGAACAUAUCUGGUCCGAGUGUCAGUCGCAACAGCUCAACGAUGGCUACGGUACGGAAGAUCCAGCUAUCGACAGCCAACCCUGGCAUUUUCAACGUGGAACUCAGGGAGGACUCUGCGCGCGCAGCAAGUGAGGUGCUGCAGGAAGAUUUGGAGAAGCAUCAUAUGUUCUUCAACAAGAGCGGGUUUCAUAAUCACAUUGUUCACCAUAUCCUGACGAUCUAUGCGCUCGGUGCGACGCCGGAUGAGAUCAGGGCUGCUUAUGAUCACAAUAAGACGUAUCAGCGGCCUGUCUUGCCGACGACCCAGAGUAUAGUUGAGUCGAUGCACGAUAAGACCCAGUUCCAGCAGCACCUCGGCAAAGAAGAGAAUUUUCCCAACUACUUGGCUUUCUUUCAGCAGGAGAUUGAGAAGAAAGGAGUGGCGGUCGUGCUUAAUGAGUAUCUGUUUUCAGGGAGUGAGUGCGCCGAGAAUAUGUUUUCACGGCUGUUUGGUGGACUCCUUCAUCCGCUGAUCCACAUUGGGUUCGGGCUUGAGUUUGACCAACCCGCAAUUGUUGCUGAGGGUCUCGCACAGACCGCAGUCCAUGAGGAUUGGAUUGGUCAAUUAUACCUCUUGCCGGGAGAAAAGGCUGCAGGAGGGAUCGGCAAGCCGGGAAAGAAAUCGUUGUUACAAAUCUUGAACGAAAUCCGCACUGAUAAAAGACUGGCCGAAUCGGUCAAAUGGGCAGAUGGCAACAAAAUCAGAGACGGCGUUUUGAAGCGAGCACCAGAGGAGAUGAUUAGGUAUGCAGCACAAGUUUCGGUCUCCGCCGAGCAAAUGGAGGAUAAACUUGCUGAGCUUCUCAAUCUAGUCGAUCGAUGGUUAUUAACGAUCCAUGAAGCUUACUUUACAGGUGCCGCUCAGCGACCGCCCAAGCAGGUCAAGCUUGACUUCUUCUUGAUGCACUGCGUGACUUCUUCGAUAUUCCUUUCCAAAAUCGUCACUCUUCCGUAUCUGGAUACCCGGACCAAGCUGCGUCUGCUUGAGUGGAAAGGCCGUGCAGAUCUGGUGUUCUACGUAUCCCGGGGAGUUCCCGAUCUGCUGCUGGAAGAAGUGACUACAUAUGAAGCUCCGAACGACUGGAAGACAAUCUUCUAUGAGAGCAGUGUGCACCCGCGCGACGACGGUCAUUUGUCCAAGCUUGUCAGAGCUCUAGCAAAUGGCGAGAAAGUCUGUCGUCCAUUUGAGGCUCGAGCAGAAGAGCUAGGACUUUUGAUCACCGGUGAUAUGUGGCUGAAGAUUGCAAACAUGGGUAAGCCAGACGCCCGGAUACGCCUUACUCUUCGGACCAUGUUUCAGGGCUUCGCUGACGAUCGUCUUCGCACCAGCUAUCAAUUCAACCAAAGGUGA